GGAAGUGUGCCAGAACAAAACAGGAGCCAUGUAUACAAACAUGAGAAGGCGUGACUAUUUUAGGACCCCAUGAUAUAGCAACAAGGACGUGUGGACUCUCAUGUUCUGCUGGAAUUCAAAGCCUGAAAUUCAGCCACUUCUGUUCGUCCUGAGACAGCAGGCGUCUCCCUCCAUACCCCCCCUCCCCUCCUCCCCCCGGAGUCCCUAGCAGGUGAUCUUAGACGAUCACUUGAAGGCUGGCAGGAACGUGUUGAACACUCAGCCGGACAGAUAUAGCCACAGCUACAGAAACAGUGUGCAAAGAGGGAGCUAGUGAGCAUAACUCUCCUCUGCCACUGCUACUUUAAACACUUUCAGGAUAACAGCAGUGCUCUGUAAGUUGCUACAAACCAACGUAAAUCCAACAUGGAGAUAACAGUUGACGAUGAAAGCAGCUGCUCAUCAGCCAACGUCGAGUACAAAGCGGCUCACCAGGCGUUGAGGGAUCGCUGGAAGAAUACCGAUGACACCAUGUGUCGCCACAGCAUGUCCUUCCACCUGCACCACACGCUGAGGAGCGAGUUCUUCGCCAGCUACCUGUACCUGGUGGAGAAGAUUCCUCUGGUAAAGCUGUUUCCAGUCACCUGUGAGUACAUCAAGGGAGAGAAACAGUUCUACUACAGAGCCCAGCAAUUCUACGAGGACGUCCCUGCCUCAGAGGAGGGCAUGAUGGGAGAUUUUGUGGAGAUAUCCAACGUUGAUCUAGAAGGUUCCAGGCAGUUCCUGAAGAGGUUUGUGGGUCCUGGUAAGGCAGGGACACACUGCGCCCUGGACUGUGGCUGUGGGAUUGGCCGAGUGACCAAAGGUGUCCUCCUACCUGUGUUUGAGAAAAUGGAGAUGGCGGACAUGAUGGAGCACUUCCUACUCCAUGCCCAUGAGGAGUACCUCGGUGACGAUGCUGACCGCAUUGAGACGUACUACUGCUACAACCUACAAGAGUUCACUCCGCCCAAAACCAAGUACGACGUCAUCUGGAUGCAGUGGGUGGCGUGCCAUCUCACGGACAAGGACCUGACAAACUUCUUGUUUCGCUGUAAGAAAAGUCUGCGUCCAAACGGGGUCAUCAUAAUGAAAGACAACAUGGCGAGGCAGGGCUGCAAGCUGGACCCCAUCGACAGCAGCAUCAGCCGUCACCUGGACAUCAUGAAGGUCAUCAUCGCCAAGGCCGGCCUGGAGAUCCUGGCUAUUGAGAAGCAGGAAGGGAUGCCAGAGGUCAUAAUGCCCGUCUGGAUGAUUGCGAUGAAAUAAGCUGUGACAUUACGUUGAUGAGGUUCAGAUUGAUGAGGUUCAGAUUGAUAAGGUUCAGAUUGAUGAGGUUUAGAUUGAUGUUCCUCCAUCUGAUGAAACCUGAGAGUUAGACAGGAGUUAUUUUUCUGUGCAACAGAGAAACAAUGCAACCUUUUAUAACAGACACUAAACUACAGAAGGACUUUGUGCAUCCAUUUAACCAGACUGUGAUUUAUUGUUAACUGUCCAUCUUCAGGGGUUCUUAUCUUAAAACAGAUUCUCAGUUACAGUCACAACCCUGAAGAUCAUUGGAAUAACAGAUGGAUUCAGAUUUACUGUUUGGUUUCUCCUCUGAAUGAUUUAUAUCAACAUAUUCCAGCAAAUGUAUAACAUAUCCAGAAAAAUACUGUAUAAUGUUACAUUGAUUUUAAAACCUAAAUGGCUUUAUGUUUCAGAAUAUGAUUAACAUGAAAUCUGUAUCUGGAUAUGUUUUUCAAACCUGUAAUGUGUAGUUUCAGGGUUGCAUGCAUACAUGAUAUAAAACAUAGAUGUUCUCUCUUUCUGAAGAGACGUGCUGUCACCUUACAGAAAAUUAUAUAAUGAUUUUGCAAAUCUGUCCAUAACUCUUAGCCAAAAAUCUAAAAAAGAAAUGGUACCAGGCUGUAAACAUUUAACUCAUCUGCAAAAAUGGGCAUAUUUACAUGUAUGUUAAUGGGAAACCCUUGGCUUUUGCAGCCAGCCUCAAGUGGACACUCGUGGAACUACAGGUUUUUGCUCAUGUGGAAUUUGCUGGUUGUUUGACUUUAAACCUGCAAGAGCAAAUGUUAGCACAAGAUGAAGCAACACUCAAGCAUUCAAAAGCAGCUACCUGGGGUGCUACCAAGGCUAAAUUGGUAAAGGUGUAUAAAAGGUACAGCAUGUUGGGAUUUAAUAGAAAGUCAAUGCCAAGUCUGAAUAUGUGCAGGUUUGCUUUUGGCCAUGCCAAUCAAGCAGAUAUCAGCCUAUCAGUGUUGACGUAAAUAAUUGUAACAGUUGUUUGCAUGUAAUGUCAAACAGGUAAACCUUACAAAGAAUGAAUAUUUGCAAUUUGACUUCAUGAUUUAGUUUUUCAGCAUCCCUCCACUUUUAAUUUCCAUUAGUCAGAAGCUGGUGUUGGUUUUAAAAAUCCUUGUGAUGAGCCGAGCUCCAGCUUCUGUUUCUCCAGAGGGUGCUUAGGGUUUUGUUUUUAACAUUUAUUUUUGGGUGUUUAUGGCUUUGUUGAAAGGAUGGGACAGCGGAUGGAGUGGGAAACUUGGGAGAGGGAGUGGAGAAUGACAUGCAGCAAAGGCUCAUGGAUGAAAUUGAACACGGGCGCCCACUUCAGGGACUUAUAUCAUGGAUUCAAGAGAUGGGUCAAAUCUAAAGUGUUGAAGACUAAAAGUUCUAAAUUGAUCAAAAUUGGGAUAAACAAGAAAAAACAACAACUGGCAGGCUCUUCAGUUUGAUGCAGCGUUGUAUGGCAAAACAAAUUAAAUGUUGUUCGAUCCUUAGAAGGAAGGAUUAAAUACAAGAAAUCUACCAAACGGUUAUUUAGUCAAAUAAUCACAAAUAACUUUAACCAAGGUGAAUUUUAAAAGUUUUUGAAUGCCACUUAUAGAAAAGCAUUUAAAGCAGAAAUGCUGUUGGUUUUUAUUUGAAUACAGGGAGUGUUCACUGGGACAAACUGGCUGUAUUUGGGUCUGUUACAUAAAUACAGCCAGUUGCAAAUGGGCUCAACCAAUCUGUGUCGAGGAAGAGCUCAUCGGGUGCUGCAGGAAAGACCUUUUGAUUUAUGGACAGUUUGACCUCCAAAGGCCAAUCCCAGAUCAGUUUAACACCAGACCAUGCAGGGUAAAUGUAUUAAUCUGUUUUAACUUGAUAUCCAGAUACAGAUCACAUGUUAACACCAGUAGGAGGUGAGUCAGUCUGUGCAGUGAGCGUCUCUUUCUGUCACUUUAUAUGGACACAAAGUUCAUUCAGUGCUCUUACUUCAGGAUGUUGUAAAUAUGAACUCUGUCUUUAUGUACGUAUGUGUUUUAUACUCUUGCUUGUAAUAUUGCAGGUUAAUAGAAAUGUAGUUUUUAUAUUGAUUUCUUUUGUGUAUUUUUUCUCUCUCUGUGCUCAAAUUUAGGCUGUAACCGUUAAAGUGUUUAAAACAUUUUGAUGCUUCAUACUGUAUAUUUGCUUAAACUUAGCUGAGGUCAGGCUGCACUGCUUUACAGAAAUAAA